AUGGUGGUGGCGCGUGAAGUGCUCACUGCAUCAGUGCUCACUGCAUCAGUGCUCACUGCAUCAGUGCUCACUACAUCAGUGCUCACUGCAUCAGUGCUCACUGCAUCAGUGCUCACUGCAUCAGUGCUCACUGCAUCAGUGCUCACUGCAUCAGUGCUCACUGCAUCAGUGCUCACUGCAUCAGUGCUCACUACAUCAGUGCUCACUGCAUCAGUGCUCACUGCAUCAGUGCUCACUGCAUCAGUGCUCACUGCAUCAGUGCUCACUGCAUCAGUGCUCACUGCAUCAGUGCUCACUGCAUCAGUGCUCACUGCAUCAGUGCUCACUACAUCAGUGCUCACUGCAUCAGUGCUCACUGCAUCAGUGCUCAUGGCUCAACUGAUCAAUGCAAUGUCCAUUGAGGCAUGA